AUGAGCACUGCGACGGUUCAACCCGAGAAGCCCAUCUUCCUUAACGACGAGGCCUUGAAACGGCCACCAUCUUUCUUUGCCGAGUCCGACAAAGGAAACACCACAUGGCACACGCUUCUCUCCGCACCUGCGACUCCAAGCACAUCUCUCAGCGCCGGAAUUGCUAUCUGUCCCGCCCAGGGAUCGCUGGCCCUGCAUAGACACGAACAGGCCGAGAUAUACUACAUUCUAUCCGGUACUGGAGAGGUUGAGGUUGAUGGCAAGCGACAGCGAGUAGGCAAGGACAUGACCGUGUGGAUUCCUGGCAAUGCUGAACAUGGUGUGUUCUGUGGGGACGGCGAAGAGUUGAGGUGGCUUUACGUAUUUCCGGAGGGUAGCUUCGAGGACGUGGUGUAUCACUUCAGCGGCCCAGCCCAGCAGGACUGA